AUGGAAAUUCGUAAAUUUCGCUUAGAAUACUGUGAUUUACCGACGAUGGUUGAGAAUGUAGACUUCAUGCUGAGACUGGUUUAUGUAAGAAUAAAUAAAAGCAAUAACCGACCCAUUAACAUAAGUGCUAUAAUACUAUGGACCGUGAGUUUAACGUGUUAUUACUACGCGUAUGUUUUCUCCAUGGUAUGGUUCGUGCUGGUUCGAUGCCCGGAAACUGGGGACCUACUAGCCGCCUGUGUGGUAUUCUCCCUUGUCGUGUGUAGCCAGCCUUCUUUCUUAACAAUGUUCCACAUGAUCGUAUACAAAAAGAGAGUCCAGUCUCUGAUAGACAACUGCCUUAUGUUGAACGAGCUCGUAAAACCCGGGACCGUGUACUCAAAAAAUCUUCACACCCACUUGAGGUAUAUAAAGAAACGAGCAACAGUCGUGUUCAUCACCAUGGUCAUGAAUGGGAUCCUGUAUGUCUUAAUGCCAAUCGUUCUACCAGGAAGACACCUUACCGAAGACUAUCAAGUGAUUUAUGGUUUAGAGCCAAUGUUGGAAACACCAAAUUUCGAAAUCGCUUCCGUGAUGAUGGCUCUAAGCGUGUACAUCUGCGUCUUCUCUAUGGCAAAUAUUACAGCCUUCAAUCUAAUCAUUCUCGGGUACAUCGAAGCUCAAAUGGUCGCACUGAGCAGAGAAAUACAAAGCGUGUGGAAGAACGCGGAGGAAUUUUGCAAGCAGCGUGACCAUCCCCAUGUACCAUCACACGGUUUAAAACAUGAACUGCAGAAUAUGUUUGUAAAUGAGACUCUAAAAGAAAUAAUAUGUUUUCACAUUAAAUGUAUUGAAAUAAUCAAAGAGUACAACAGCGUGUUCAGGGUGACGAAAGCCAUCGAAUUUACUGUUAUAAUCCUAGCCAUCAUAUCGGAGCUGCUGGGCGGAAUCGAGAACACCUAUCUGGAAAUACCGUUUACUUUCGUCCUGAUAUCUAUGGAGUGCGUGGCCGGGCAGAAGUUGACGGAUGCCUCGAGCAACUUCGAGAGAGCUGUUUACAGCUGCAAGUGGGAAAACUUCAACGUGAAAAAUAGGAGAAUAAUUUUAUCGAUGCUGCCAAUAGCGCAGAGGAUGCUGAGCAUAUCAGCCGGUGGGAUGGCAGUACUCAAUUACAGUUGCAUGCUUUCCGUGGCUAAGUUCAGCUAUUCAACGUACAACACACUUCGGUUAAUGGUUAAAUGA